AUGGCCACAGUUUUAGAACCACCUAGCCGGUCAAGCGUGCCUCCGGAGACGGCGAGGACGCCCCGAGCUCGCUACAGGAGGGUCAGUCUUGAUCCCACUACGCUCGCAAUUAACGAGUGCAUGAUAAUGGUGUCGGCCAUGAGGCGGUCGAACCGGUGGGCGCAAGGCGGGGUGGCUGCGUUGCUCAGCGCCAGCGACAUUUUUGGCAGCCACGACGACGACGACGGGUUUGCGCACAACUUGGGCAUCUCCUCGGGGUUGAGCGCCCACGGCCACGCACAAAGGACCGCCAACUACAAUGGCUCCGAUUUGAGCACGGCCCGGCUGGAUAACCCGCUUCUUUCGUCGUUUUUGCAAUUGCGCUCGAUAUUGACCGACUCGGAUAGCUUAUUCGGGAUCGACAGCUUGACGUUGCUACAGCCUUUCCUCCUUGUCAUCAAGUCCUCGUCCACGUCCGGUCACGUCACGGCGUUGGCCUUGAACGCAGUCUUCAAGUUUCUCACCUACGACCUCAUCUCGGUCGAGUCAAAGAGCAUCCUGACCUCGUUGCUGCAAAUCGUCUCGGCGUUGACCCACUGCCGAUUCGAAGCUGCCGACCAAAACUCGGACGACGCGGUGUUGUUGAAAGUGUUGCGAUUGCUCGAGAAGUUGUUUGAAACGCCGCUCGCGGCGUUGCUUUCCAAUGAGAGCGUUUCGGAAAUAGUGCAAACUUGUCUAUCACUAGCAUGUAACAAGAGACGAAGUGAGGUUUUGCGAAGAGCUGCCGAAAUGUCAAUGACCUCGAUCACCGUUGAGAUUUUCUCGAAAUUGAAGGAACUCGAACCUGAGCUGGAGACGGGAAGCGACUUGCAGACAAACUUUACAAAUACGCGAUUGCCAGAGGAUGUCAUGGGAAGCACCGAAACGGAAACGCCACAAGAUUUGGACAAGUUGGAACAGCCAGAAAGUAUAGAGAUUUCGGAAAUUUCAGAAAAUUCGGCAAUUUUAGAAGAACUUGAGAAACCAGAGAGCCGCCACGACGAUGCUAGCACACUUGCUGAAAAGAAAGAGUCAUUUAAAAGUGAAAAGACAAAAGCAGCAGCAGCAGCAGCAGCAACAGCAACAGUCUCCAUUGCAAAUGAGACAAUGGAAGAUACAUUUGGCAUUGUUUGCAUCAACGAGUUUUUGGGGAUCCUAGUCUCCAUCAUUUCUCCAUUAAACCAGCUCCAGCACAUGGAGAGCACGAGAGUGUUUGCAUUAUCGUUGAUCAACACUGCUGUGGAAGUUGCCGGCUCGGAAAUAACAAAGUACCCCUCGUUGUUGACCAUGGUGGCCGACCCGGUGUCGAAGCACGUGUUGCAAAUCAUCACGACAACCGAGUCGAUACCACUAUUGAAGGCCUCCUUGCAAUUGUUCUCCACCAUAUCCAUCGUCUUGGGGAGCCAGCUCAAGCCGCAGUUUGAGCUCUCAAUAAGAUUAAUCAUUCAGACCCUCCAGCCGGAACCUCAACUUGAAAAGUCCAAUGGGAAAAAGAGUUCCGCCUCUUCGCCGACUCGUACCCCUAUGUCGAAGGAGCUCUUGCUCGAGUCCUUGAGUUUGUUGUGGACACGUUCUCCAGCGUUCUUCACCAAGCUAUUUGUCGACUAUGACUGCCAUUUCGAAAAGACUGACUUGUCAACCGAUUUCUUGAAGUUCUUGUGCAAAUUGUCUCUUCCCGAGUCGGCAAUCUCCACCACGCACAAUGUGCCCCCGUUAUGCUUAGACGGAAUCUUGUCAUUUAUUGCAGGGGUGAAUGAGCGAUCGAAGAUGCACGUAAAGGGGACCACUACCACCACCACCACCACCACAACAACAACAACAGCAACAAAGACUGAGUUUGACGUGCUGGGCAAACACAUUGAACGAAGAAAAAGAAAGACUGCGUUUAUCAGGUGCAUGGAACUGCUCAACAAAAACCCAAAAGAAGGCGUCAAACUUUUGGCCAAGGAAAAAUUCAUCUCCGAUGAUUUAGACUAUAAUGAGAUUGCCAAAUUUUUCUUUACAAAGUCGGGCAGGUUGAACAAGAAGAUGCUAGGCGAGUUUCUCGCCAAGCCCAGCAAUUGCCAAUUGUUGGACGCUUUCAUUGGCCUUUUUGAUUUCCAGGACAUGCGAGUCGAUGAAGCAUUGCGUAUUUUGUUGAAGGCAUUCAGAUUGCCCGGAGAAUCGCAACAAAUCGAGAGGAUUGUUGAAAAGUUUGCCGAAAAAUACGUUGAAUGCCAAGAGAAGUCCGAACUGCACGACGUUGACCUUGCCGAUAAAUCGCCCAGGAAACGCGCGGGUUCGGUUGAUAACGAGGGUGAGGCGUUGCGACCAGACAAGGACUCUGUAUUUGUGCUAUCUUAUUCGGUGAUUAUGUUGAACACCGACUUGCACAACCCGCAAGUGAAGCGGCAAAUGCUUUUAGACGACUACAGACGCAACCUCAAGGGUGUCUACAAUGGUAAAGAUUUCCCCGAAUGGUAUCUUUCCAAGAUUUACUCGUCGAUCAAGGACCGCGAGAUCAUCAUGCCGGAAGAGCACCACGGCACGGAUAAGUGGUUUGAUGACGUUUGGCACAACUUGGUCUCGACGCAAGAUUUCACCAGUGACGACCACGAGGUGUUUGGAGCUUCUGAAUUGUGCGAUUUCGACAAGGUGUUGAUGGAUGCCAUUGUGCUCGAUAUAAUUUCCACGUUGAUGUCGGUUUACAAGGAGGCGUCAGACGACCAUAUCGUGACUCGAUUGAUGUCCUCCGUGGAUAAGCUUAUCAGCAUAUGCCUCACUUAUAGCAUCUAUGAGCCUGUCGACAUUUUAACCGAGAAUCUAGUUGCACUUAGUAGCCUUUCCAAAACAGCAAAUUCGCAGAUAAAGCAUUCCGACGAUGACAAUAUUCGCGAUGAUAUUCCAAUAACGCAAGUAAAGAUUGAAAAGAAGGAAGAAGAAGUGUACAUUAGCAAUUUGGCAGUUUGGUUUGGUCGCGAUUUCAAAGCUCAAUUGGCAGCCGUGAUGUUGUUUAGAUUAUUCAAGAAAAGCGGUUCCAAAGUGACCAAAUCUUGGACGGGAGUGGUGGAUGUUAUCUUGAACUUGUUUGAAAACUGCUUGAUCGACCCAAAUUUGUUUACUGAUUUCCAAAAGAAGAUUCAAAUUGGGCCGUUGGCAAAAGUCCCGCCAGUGUACUACAUUAAAAAAGUCAAGCCCUUGAACAGUUCGGGGAUAUUGUCCACGUUUUCGUCGUUCCUCAAAGGUUACAGUGAUGAUCCACCGGAGCCCAGCGAUGCGGAAAUCGAGGCGACUCUUUCCACAUUGGAUUGCUUAAAAUCACUCAACAUUUCAAACAUCUUUGCUAUUAUAUCCAAGAGCGACCCCAAGAAUUUGCAAGAGUUUAUCAAUUUGCUUCUUGCAGCAAUCCCCGAACGCAACGAGAAAACAAAGAGAUUUUACGAGACGGAAACAAUGUUUAUUUUGGAAGCCACGGUUUGUUUUUGUUUGUUGUUGAACAACCAGACUGUGAUGGAAACGGUAUUGAAACGCCUUGAGGGCGAAAAGAUUGGCAAAAAGGGCCACUUGAGGUUAACCACGUACAAGCUCUUGAUUUUGAGGUAUUGCGAAAAUGAGCAAGUGUUGGCCUCCACCAUCAAGUCCUUGAGGGAUUUCGACAAGGAUCUAGUGAGCAAACACGGCGGACAGAUUUUGCAACCACUCUUGUCGCUUUUGGACGAAGAUUGCUGGUGCUGCAAGAAAUUGCUCGUGGACGAAAACUACUGGAACACGUUGCGCUUUUUUGGCUCUCUCCAGACUUAUGCUUUCCAUAUCGUGCCCUUUCUUGAAUUGUUUAUUUUAAACUCGAAAGAUGAAAUUACACCCGAGAAUUUUGUGUUUGUGCUAGGAUUGAUGGAUGAGAUCUCGUCACUUGGAGCCAUUGGGUCCCAGUUUGAGCUUGAAAGCCAGCACAAUGGCGGCAAGUUGCCGCAAAACUCAUACUACAACGAUGUCAUGCACUUGGCAAAGAAAUCAAUCGAGUUAACCGCGCGGUUGUCUCCAUUGCUCCACGAGAAGCAAUUCCAAAAAAAUGGAUUGUCGUACUCCUUUAUCCAAGCAUUGGCCCACCAAUGUUUCAAUCCGUGUCGCGAGGUGCGCGAUUAUGCUGUCAAGACAUUGAGAGCCAGCACCGCGUCCAUCGAGUUGAACGAGGACGUUACCUUCACGGGGCUUUUUGAGUUGGGGUUCGUUCCGCUCUUGACGGAGCUUUCAAAACCCGACGUUUACAACUGCGGGGCCAAUGGGUUUGAAAAGACUCAGAACGAGGUGAUUUCGAUUAUAAGCAAGAUUUUCUUGAUGCACGUUGACGGGUCGAGAAUCGACGAGGUGAGAGAAGUUUGGUUUGAGAUUUUGGACAAGUUGCAGGAGUUCCACAAUAACAACGGCGCCUACUUGAAACCCGAGCUGAUGGAGUCAAACAAGGAGAUGGUGAAGAACAUGGUGCUCGUGAUGCAGGCGAACCAGAUCUUGACCGAGGACCACCGUGAGACUUGGGAACAGUCUUCGCAGAAAAUUGCGAGACUAUUCCCUCAGUUGAAUAUAGAAGUAGGUCUCGAGCAGGAUCCUUCUCGCAAAGAGGAGACAGAAAAAACACAAGAGAAGCAAAAUAAGGAGGAAGCUAAAGCAAAGGAAGAGGUGGCUGAAAAUUCAACCAUAUAG